CACAUCCCCUCUAUCUACACAGACACACACACAUGUACAACUCGUUUUCUUUCUCUCUCUAAAUACAAUUCAACACACACAAACAACCCCCUCUCUCUAGAAAAAAAUAAAAAAAUGUUUUCCGGCCGAUCUUCCACCGGCGGCACAAACUCAUCACAGCAAUACUUCUGCUACCAAUGUAACCGCACCGUCGCUAUAUCAUCUCCCUCGGCUUCUUCUGAACUGACUUGCCCCAAUUGUAACGGUGGCUUUCUCGAAGAAAUCGAAAACCCUAACCCUAAUUCCGAUCCUAAUCCCAACCCCAACCCUAGCCCGUUCUUCUCCUUCUCCUCCGACAAUAUCGCGCCGUUCCCGUCGUUCACCGGCGGGUCGCCGUUCAUGUUCUCGACCAAUCUCGGCGGCGACGAUCCGGCGGAACUGAGUAGUAUGUUUUCCGGCGGAGCCGAUCGGUUUCAAUCGGCGGACGAGUUCAAUCCGUUUGCGUUUCUGCAGAAUUAUCUCAAUACUCUUCGGGCUAGUGGUGCGAAUAUUCAGUUUGUUGUGGAUGGGAACAAUACGAGUGGCAAUUUGAGUGGAGCGAAUCUCGGUGACUAUUUUAUCGGGCCUGGACUUGAGCAACUGAUUCAGCAGUUAGCUGAGAAUGAUCCGAAUCGAUACGGAACGCCUCCUGCUGCUAAGUCGGCCGUGGAGGCGCUUCCUGUUGUCAAAAUUAGUCAGGAGAUGCUGGGGUGUGAUUUUUCUGAGUGCGCGGUUUGUAAAGAGAGUUUCGGUUUAGAUGAGGAGGCGAGGCAGAUGCCAUGUAAGCAUAUCUAUCAUAGUGACUGUAUUAUGCCGUGGUUGGAGAUGCAUAAUUCGUGUCCGGUGUGUAGGUUUGAGUUGCCUACCGAUGAUCCUGAAUAUGAGAAUAGGGCCAGGGAUGGGAGUGGAGCUGGGAGAGUGCAGGAGAGUGCAGAGACACCGAGGACUAUGGAGAGGAGGUUUAGGAUCCAGUUGCCAUGGCAGGUUAUGACAUCGGGGGAAGGGAGUAAUAGCAGAGAUGCAAGUGACAAUGCUGGUGGAUCUAACUCUGGUGGUCAAGCUAGGGAAGAAGAUCUCGACUAGAUAUCGAAUCGGGAAGCUAAACUGAAUGGUCCAAGGGUAUGUAUCGGAUUGAACAUACAAAGUUCUUUUGAAUACAUGAAGACUAGUCAUACAUGCACCAAACAAUUCUACUUUCUGGCUGUUAUUUGUUUGUAAUCGUUGAAGUCAUUUGGCACCUGAAAGUUUUUUUUUCCUACUUUUUGGUGGUGGAGUUUUGCACUUGAGGCACAGAAUUGGCACCACAUUUGUGAAUUAGUUCAUUAUACCGUAAACUUUGGAUUUUAUAUGAUAGUUUCACAGCUAAUCAUGUUUCAAAUAGUGUUGGUCCAUUUGGAUUUGUGAUUUAGUGACGAGCUAUUAUAAAAAGAAAUUAUGUAGAGGGCAUAUGCCCAUCAUCCAA